UAACAAUGGCGACUGAGCGGGAGAGGACGCUGAUUGAGCUGGAGCUGAUAGAUAUCGAGGAAGAAAUACUUCUGUUACAAAUGUUGGCAAAGAAACGAAAGAGAAGACGCAGAAGGUGGGCUGUACGCCCUUUGAAUGAGUCAAGGCAAACUACUGGAGAAUUUUCCACACUCGUUCGACCACUGAAAGAAAUGGACGAUGAAAUGCACUUCAAGUAUUUCAGGAUGUCAGCAGGUCGGUUUGAUGAUCUUGUUCGUCGUCUGCAACCUCUCGUCCACCACCAGACAACACACAGUUUGCCUAUUGAUUUACGGCAAAGGCUGGCAGUGGCGCUGCGAAUUUUGGCUUCAGGUGCAAACCAACAGACUGUAGCGGCAGACUACAAGCUCGCUUCUUGCACGGCGUCAUCCAUACUGUCAGAGGUCUGCAAAGCGUUGUGGACGGCACUGCAGCCAGAAUUUCUGCCCUGCCCGACAACAAGCCUGUGGGAAAACAUUGCAGUGGAUUUCUGGAAACUGUGGAACUUUCCAAACUGUGUGGGAAGUAUCGAUGGGAGGCAUGUAAACAUCAAGGCACCGCCGCGUGCAGGGAGCGACUACCUGAAUUACAAGGGUUCGCACUCUAUUGUUUUGACGGCUUUGUGCGAUGCCCGGUAUCGCUUCACAAUGGUGGACAUGGGAGCUUACGGACGGGAGAGCGAUGGCGGCGUUUUCAAGGAGAGCAGAUUUGGGUCCAUGCUGCUCGACCACAAGCUAAACCUGCCCCCACCAGCUGACCUUCCCGGGACCGCGGUCAAGAUCCCUCAUGUUGUUAUUGGUGAUGCUACCUUCCCUCUGCACUGCAACCUCAUGUGCCCCUUUCCAGGAGUGAAUCUGACGCAAGAUGAGGAGAUCUACAAUUACCGCCACUCUAGAGCCAGACAGGUCACUGACAACACCUUUGGCAUCAUGGCUGCAAGGUGGAGAAUUCUUGGAAGGCCAAUUGAGUUUCUGCCUGACAAGGUCGUGGAUGUGGUGAAGGCUUGUGUGGUGCUGCACAACUACCUUGCCUACACAGACGAGGUGACCAGCCCAGAAUACAUACCACCCACCUUUGCGGACUUGGACAGAGCUGGGUCUGUGACGCUUGGUGAGUGGCGAAGAGAAGUUACAGGGGACUCAAACUUUGUGGACCCUAUUGAUAGUUCCCAAAUGACAAGAGCCCGCCCCACCAGUGCUGCCAUAGCUGUUAGAAAUGAUCUCAAGUUUUUCUUUCAGACAGAACAUGGUUCUGUACCACGGCAGAACAAGACGGUUUCUUAUGGUAAACUUGAACAGUGAUGUGAUGGCCCACAGAAAUGACUGUCCGGACUUUCGCCUUAUGUUAAAGAAAUAAAAACCCAAUUGUUUCCAAA